UCAGAGGCACGUUUACUCCGGAGACCCGCAUGGAAAAAAACUCUGUGCUGGAGUCUCCGGGCAUCCCUCCUGGGGCGGGGUUCUGGACCUGUUGCCCGCGUGCAAAUUCAAAUGGCCCACGGGGAGGACCAAAGCAGUCAAGGACGCCGAUGGUCCACACUGCCUUCAUAGUCUGCCCCGCUUCCCCUCAAACGGUGCUCGCGGAUCAAGCCUCGAACACUGCCUUUUUUGACCUCCCUUUGGUCAUCCUGACCACCGUGGGUGGGUUGCUGUCAUGACAUUUCGUUGGCCUACACGCUGCAGAAUGUCCCAGUGCUGCUCUCUGGGGAAAGGCUGCUCUUGACACCAUAAAGCAGCAAGUGGAUCAGGAGGGGAAAUGGAGCUUGCAGAAGCUAAUUUAGCCACACAUUAAAUUUAGCCCCUGGUGAGUUCUCUACCGCUGAGAAUGGUGACUGAGAAAGGUGUGGUGGGACCCUCCUCUCCGUGGAACCUGACUGGUGUGGGCUAAGUUUGUGGUUUUAAGAAAGCCUGAGGGCCGGAAGGCAGCCCCGGAAGAAGCCCCUGUCCGUGGGCUGUUGGAACCUUGUGGUGCAGAGGAGAAGCCGUCCCCUCCUCCGGACUUAUGACCCGUGGCUUCGCGCCCAGUGUGCCCACCGCGUUCCACGAGAUGGGCUCCUUCCGCAGGCCCCGGCCACGCUUCAUGAGCUCCCCGGUGCUCAGCGAUCUGCCCCGCUUCCAAGCCACGCGGCAGGCCCUGCAGCUGAGCUCCAGCUCGGCCUGGAACAGUGUGCAGACUGCCGUGAUCAACGUCUUCAAAGGGGGUGGCUUGCAAAGCAACGAACUCUAUGCACUGAACGAAAACAUCAGGAGGCUGCUGAAGAGUGAACUUGGAUCAUUCAUUACAGACUAUUUCCAGAAUCAGCUUCUUGCCAAAGGCCUGUUGUUUGUGGAGGAGAAGAUUAAGCUGUGUGAAGGUGAAAAUCGCAUUGAGGUUCUGGCUGAAGUGUGGGACCACUUCUUCACUGAGACUCUCCCCACCCUGCAGGCAAUAUUUUAUCCAGUUCAGGGCCAGGAGCUGACCAUCCGCCAGAUCUCUCUGCUGGGCUUCCGCGACCUGGUCCUGCUGAAGGUGAAGCCGGGUGACUUGCUGCUGGCCCGGUCCCAGCCGCCCUCAUCCAUUGUCCAGAUGUUGCUUGUCCUGCAGAGUGUUCACGAGCCCACAGGCCCAAGUGAGGGUUAUUUGCAGCUGGAGGAACUGGUGAAGCAAGUGGUGUCUCCGUUCCUCGGCAUCAGUGAGGACCGCGGUGUCUCGGGUCCUGCGUUUAUGUUGGCGAGACGCCACUCCAGGGUCCGGCCCAAGGUGGCUGUCCUGAACUACGCCUCCCCAACGACCACUGUCAGCCGGCCGCCGAAUGAGAUGGCUCUGACCCCUCUGACGGAGCAAGAGGGGGAAGCCUACCUGGAGAAAUGUGGCAGCGUCCGAAGGCACACGGUGGCCAACGCCCACUCAGACAUCCAGCUGCUGGCCAUGGCCACCAUGAUGCACUCGGGCUUAGGCGAGGAGCCUGGCGGUGAGGACAAGUGCCUGCUCCUGCCGCCCAGCUUCUCCCCACCCCACCGACAGUGCUCCAGUGAGCCCAACAUCACCGACAGCCCUGAUGAGCUGGAGGAGGUGACAGGGGGCAGCCAGGGGGACUCUGAGCUGAACUGUGCUUCCCUCAGCUGAAUGCCCGCCUCUGGGACUUCCCAGCUCCGGCCUGGUCACCAACACGAGGACCGCCCCAUCCCCAGGGGCUCACCAAGGGGCUCUUCCUGCGGGUGACGCUGCCCGUGUCAGGCCUGGCCCAAGUGCCCUAGUGGAAAUCCCGGGUGUGAACCUCUCUGUUUUUGUGACUGUGACCAUCUCUUUGCAGCCACACAGACCCAACUGCCUAAUGUUCACUUUCUGCUUGCCUGACUCCAGACCCCCCUCUCCGGGCUUUUCUCCCAGAUAGUGGACUGUCCGACGCUCCCAAUGAUGCAGCCCGGGGCCCCCCUGGCGUUAUGACAGCAGGAGGUCGGCUGAGCCACACACAAAGCCAGCGAGGAUGCAUCGGCCUCUGGAGUUCCCCGUUAGGUUCUUGUGAUGCGGGGCUCACAGGUGAGAACAGGUAGUGGAGGGGUGUCCUUCCCGCCUAUUCUGUGGGGAGUGGAAGGAGGCAGCAGCCCGACCAAGCACGACUCUGGGAGUGUACCUUCCUUAUUUUAGUUUCACAAUUACUGGAAAGAGUUGCCCCCCUCACGCGGGUGAGGGCCGUUCUCACCCGGAUCCAGAUCCUACCUGCCACCUUUGCCUUUUGGCCCAGGAGGGGCUACGGGGCUGGGGAAGUCCCCUCUUUGACAAAGCCUCAGCAUUUCCCUCUCAGGCCUCCCCACCAAGCUCAAGGAACUAACCUCCUGGGUGGAGUAGCUGGUGCCUUCAUUCCUCUUUCAUUUCAGACACUGACCGUUUUCCUGUUGUGGGUGAGGGGCCAGCUGAUGACCAACCAAUUAGUCUGUUCCUGGAUUUGACUUGAAUUUUGUAAAUGUGCAUCGUUUCAGAAGGAAGUGUUUGCAAAUAUUUGCACGUAGGAUCUUGCACUGCUCAUUUCCAGUGGGGUGUGUCCUCAAACUAGAAAAUAGCCCCCCUAGGAAAGGAGCCUGGAAGUUGUUCAGGGCGCAGGGGAUCCGUGGUGGGCAGGGCUCAUCAGCUGCUGAGCGCCGGAAGCCACUGGACUUGAAUCCAGAACGGCCUGUGUUUGUGAGUGUCACGGUCGACAGCACUGAGGCUGGGAGCCUCACUUUGCCUCGUGAGCAGAGGGUGGCAGCAAAUGGAAUGUCUCAAUGCUUCACCAUAGAGGGAGAUGGGGGAAAUGUGGGCAGGACCUUUUGGAGAGAUGUUCAUUCCCUGUGAUUAAAGCGAUGCCAGAAGUGCCUGGAAUUUCUAACAUCUGAGCUCUCAAAAUGCUAUUUGGGGCAGCAGGCUUUGGUACUGUGCUGAAUCCUUAACACUGCUCCCCCAGGUCUGGGCUUUUGAUCCACCUAGAACCCCUGUUCUUCUCUUUGUAUCUGCCUGUUGGCCUCACUGAUAACACAUCCUGGAAAGCGAGGAGGAUCCCCUGAAGCCUUCUGGCACCUUUUAGGUGUGCUGUUGGUCUUUGGAAACUGUUUAUGAACUCUCAGAGACAGGAGCCAGCUUGGCCUCCAAGAUGGCAGGAGGAGGCUGGGAGAGGACGAGGACAGUGUAAGCUUCCAGCAGGGAAGAGGCUUUCUAAGCACAUCGAAGCCUUGAUGGCACAUCCCUUCUGGGUGAAGAUCUGGAACGUGACCAGAGUCAUGCUUUUUUGAUGGCUUCUGAUUUGGAAACUUUAAGAAGUUGUCUCAUUUUUAUUCUUCUAAGAGAGGGUGGAAGAGAAGUGUCCAAAGGAGGUCUUCUGAGAAUUUCAAACAAAAAAUUAUCUCUGUGUAUGUGUUGGAUAAAGUCCACAAAUUGACUAACGUGCGUUAGCAAAUAGAACGUCAGUAAGUAACAACAUGAUGAUUUAUUUAACUGAUGGUGUGUGUCCUUACUGGUACACUUGGCACUUCAUUGAUCCAGGCAAGGUAAUUAAUCAGGCUUGGGUUUGCUUUUUAGUUUACAACGUUCAAGAUCUAUAUGCUUUUAAAUGCCUUGUCCGUAUACUAAAUGCCCCUGAUGAGGACAGCAGUCAUCGGUUAAACAUGUCAGCUCUGAGGAUGAGAAUGGGAGUGUCAGUCCAGACCCACUGUACUUACUUGCUGAUGACUGUUAGCCAGUUUACAACUUCACCUUUGAUGUACCUGCCUGAUCUCGUACUGUAAAUAUUUCAGACUACACACACCAUUUUGUUGAUGCUUAUGGGCAUUUUAGCCAUCUGAGCUACGGCAAGAGUGAUGGCUGUGUUUGCAACCACUUUUUUGCCCCUUUAGAAGAUGAAGCUAGAAUCUUCCAGUGGCUGAGUUCUAAUGACAGGAAGCUAACACGACUCGGAGCUCUGAGUGAGCUCACAAACCAAAAACGUUUCAUGUUGCCUGUUUCCAAAAUAGAUUCAAUAAACGUCAUUUUGUACACGUC